AUGGCAGGGAAUGAAGCAGCAGUGUCAGAUUCAAAAUCGUUAAAGCAGUUAUAUCUAGAUUUUAGUGCCAGCACGUCCAUGCAUGGUAUAGGUCGAGUUGUCUCCAACAGCAACACAUUGAAACGAUGUGUGUGGUUAGUGAUAUUUGUGGUCGGCUUGGGAUUUGCAGCCUAUCAGUUUGUGAUCACCAUGCAGGACUUCUACACUUAUCCAGUGAACACCGUGUUCACACUGAAACAAGAAGCCACAGCAAUUUUUCCAGCCGUGACAAUCUGUAACGUAAAUAUCAAGAGAACGUCGAUGAUGGAUCCUCUUACGGUACUGGCGCUUCAUUCGGUGGCAGAG